AUGGCCUCCGUUUCGCGGCUACGGGCCGCGCUCGCGUCUGUGACGAGCAGUCAAGGCCUCCCCAAUGGCGAACAGGAGUUCUUCGAGGAGCUCAUGGCUCACCGGCAGUCCCUGAUUGAGCUCUGUGUCGUCGGUCCGCGAAAACCUGAGGAGCAACGCGAGCUGGACUCAGGGAAAAUCACGAUAAACGGCCGUACGGUGGCUGUCAACGUAGACUUCGCCAAGCAGGCCGUGUUCAUCUCCCAACAACUCGACUGCUCGGAGCGCUAUGUCGCGAGCCUGCUCCAGGACGUCAUGCACGCCAACCCAAAUCUCAAUCAGGUGCAACUCAUUGAGGCGACGAUCAUGGAAUACCACAAACGGCGUAGGGAGACGGCGGACUGUCUGGGCACCAUCCUUCAAGCCGCAGAACGCGCGGAAACCGCGGACGCAACAACAUUGUACCAGCGAAUAGACAUAUUUGUCCGACAACAGCUCCUUCAGCCAGGAGGCGGGCUUUCGCUGGCGAUGAAGGUCUUCCAGGAGAUUCACAGCACCGGGAACGCCUUGAACAAGGCCCAGGUGGCGCGACAGAACGCGAAGAGCGACACCGUCCCUCCCAGUCAACCGAACGCGGGUCUCGGUGCGGACGUCCUCAAUGCCCGGUGCGACUCGCUCAAGCACGAACGACGCGCCCUCGCGAUCGUCCUCUUCUUGCUUGCGCGUAUGGGGCAUCUCGCCGCGAGUGAAAUCCCAAAACUCGUCGAAUGGCUCAACGCAAACCCGCGUCAUGCGAUGACCUUCUACGUUCUCCCCACUGUGUUGACCGCCUUCGACAUGGUGGACCCAAAUUCCGCCGGUGGCGCCGCGCGUAAGCUGCUUCUGAAGGACAAAACGCUCAUGGAUGGGAUGAAGCGGCUGUUGGACGUCAAGAAGGAGUGGUCGGAACCUGGGCUCAAGGCAAGCAUUCUCCUCAAAUGGGCGCUGUUCCUCACCGCGGCACGCCGCGCAGACCCGGCUCUUGAGAACACUGAUGGGUUCAAGUCCGACGACCUGGAGACGCAUAUAUGGAACGCAGUGCAAGGCGACUGCUUCUCGUAUCUCGCACGUAUACUUGACCUUCAGAUGGAGCUGCCCCAAGACGACUUCAAGCCUGUUCUCCUCGACGCAUGCGAGGAGCUUGUGCGCUCUCUUAUCACCCAAGCUUCUUCCGAGCUCAGGAAGAUCAAGCAGCGGCAGGAAGACCUACUCGCCGGCGCACGAGCGGACCGGUCAAGAAUGUACCGUUCGACCACCCCUGGUCUCUCGCGCACAGAAGGGGAUAGCAAACCUGCAGUAUCUCCACGAAGCGACUUGGCCAUGCUAUUCUCCUUCAUCGGCCUCCUGUACACAACACUCACCCCGGAGAAGGGACUACAUUUCUGGGGAGCAGGAACCGUGGUCCCCGGGCAACGAUCGUCAUAUCGCGAGUACGUCGAGUUGUCGUCGGGGAAGCUCUCCGCCUUCCUGCAAUGGUCAAUCUGGUCGACUCAAGCCCGCGACAUCGACAUGACAAUGGCUCUCUUCGACAUGCUCUCUGGACUUGCCACCGGCCAGCAGUGCAGCGAGUUGACCUACAACCAUCUGGCGCGAGGGGCCGGUGACAGCCCCAGCGGCCCAGUCGCCUCAACCUCUACAGCAGCGCCUGUCUCUUGGACGUCGAUAUUCGGUCUUCUCGAGUCUUGGGCGUUGUCGGCUGCGCCCCAGCGACCCAACGCGCCUCCCAAUCAGAGUUUCGCAGGGGCUCAGCAAGGGUUUGGUGCCACGCAGCACUGGCAAUCGCAAGGACCUUCUCACAAGUCACAGCAGUUGCAGCUUUCCGCGCAAGACGUCCUGCUCGCGCAGUCUUUCCUCCGCCUCCUUUCCAUUGUCGUCACCUACUGCAUCCCCGCCCGCGCCAACCUCAGCCAGCACAGUCGCUACCGCGUCAUCCCCACGAUGGUGUCUCUCAUCCCUCUCGGGCUUCCUCUCGAGCUGAAAGGCGCUGUCUUUGACACGCUCGCUGCGUUCUGCGCUCCGGGCGGAUCCCACGUUGGCGUAGAGAUCUGCAGGAGUGUCUGGCUACUCAUGGAGAGAUUGGAGGUUAUCAACGUUCGCCUCGCACACGGCCCAGGAGCAGGACUUCCCGUCGGACGAGGCGUGGAGGUGGAACUCGAAGAAGUGGAGUCUGUCUACAAGCAGUACCCUUGCACCAUUCCUUUCCUCAACCUCCUCGCCACCCUCAUCCACACUCCGAAACGCAUCCCCCUCCGCGAACGAGUGGCCGACCCUCCCUCCACAAACACCAUCCCGGAAUCGAUGGGCGCGCCGUACAGAACUCCGGGCAUUGGUCCAUUCGUGGACUUCGUUGUCGACAACGUAUUCGCACGGAUACCUGCCAGGGAGUAUCUUCGUCUGUCUGACAGAUGGCGUAUGAAUGACCUGUGCCUCUGCUUUAUCGAGCGCUGUCUUGCCAGCUUCGACCUUGAGUCUCUUGUUACUGGUAUCGAGGAGCUCCAGCCCACCAAGGAAGCCGUUGUCCAACUUGCUAUCCACCCUGGGUUUGAGACGAUGCGCCGCAUGCUCAUCUCAUCCCCGCUUCAAGUCGCGAUCAUCUCGUAUUUGGCCGAAGGACUCGACGGCUUCGACAAGGGUCUCGCUCAGGAGGAGCCCUACUACCGGACGACGAUUAUCCGUGUCUUGAGGAUUGUUCAUCGGGUUCUCGAGAUUCAAGACAUCUUCCUUGACAUCUUCCUGCCCCUUCUCUCCGAGCUCAACGAGCCCACUUUGGUUGGCGACAUUCCGCCUGUCUCGUUCUUCAUCAAGCUCGACCAGGCGCUCUCCUUCACUCCCGACUACAUCCCUGCACUCGCCGCCUACAUCACCUACUCCAACUACCCCGAACUGCAGCUCCUCUCCGUAAAGAUCCUGACAAUGCUCGCGUCAUCUGCCACUCCUUCGCAACUCGCUGUGUUCAUUGAUCGCAGCAGCGAAUCGCUUCGCAUCCUUGAAGGUUAUCUUCGGAUUCUCGACAACAACGUGUCCGAGGACGUCGAAGUGGCAGAGGAGAAUGCAGAGGAAACCACUGGCGCUGGUGCCGCAGAUCCGGAGGGAGUGUCCGAUGUCCUGGUACAAGCCAUACGGCUGGCUGUUCUUGACCUCCUCAUCCAGAACACGAACCCAUCCCGGUCUUUCCCCAAUAUUGCCCAUUUUUUGCUCUUCGGAAACGCCUCGUCAACCAGCCAGAUCGAAGACCCGAACGCGCUCCAGGGACGACGCGCAUGCGUGCACUCCAUUCUCGAUCUCCUCAACUUUGGUGUCCGUCGGUUAGGAGAACGCGACCAAGAGAACGUUCUCGGGCCACCUCUAUUCCUCACCCUCCCGGCCUUCGCCGAGCGUUGCUACCACAUCAUCUACAACUUAUGCCAGCACAAGCUGACAUCGGAGUCGACCAUGCGGUACCUGCGCACGAGGGAGCGCUUUUUCGCGCGUCACCUGGCAGCAAUACCAUUCAAGGUCCCUUCGAGCGAACAGCAACCCUUCAUUGAGGUGGUGUACAACGAUGGCACGCGGCUGGCAACAACCAUUGCAACUAUGGCUUCAUUCCUCAAGCUUCGGUCGUGGAUUCUGGACCUCGUCGCGUUGGACCUACAUGUAUCCACCAGUCGGACGGCGCACAAGAACGUCAAUGAUUUGCUGGAGCUCAUGUUCGGGACCGAGGAGGACUCCAUGGACGCGGGUGCUGAAUGGGAGGUGGAUGUCUUCAGGCCCUUCCGCGAAGUCGGCCAGUCUCAUCUCCGCAUGAUUGAACUAGUGCAGUCCCUCGACUUCGACUGGUCGGACAGCCUGAUCGUUCAGCCCCAGGAGCUCACCUUACUUGGCACCCUCAACCUGCAAACAUGUCUCCGAGUAGACGAGUCUGGUUGCGAGGUUAUCGAUCGCACUGCACUCCUAUCCCUCCUCACUCUCGCCAAGCGAACCCUUCACCAGCAAGGCCAUGUCACCUUCCAAGCACAUGUGGAAGCUCUCGAAGCCGAAGGCAACUACAUCCUCGAAAGCUGCGCUAUCGAGAACCACAGGCGGAAAGUUCGGCACGCGGUCGCAACAUCCUACGAGUCGUGGCGGCGUCUGCUCGACAUGGCGCUCACUAAGUGCUUCGACCGCCUCCCCUUCGACCGGCGCGAGAACAUGCUCUUCGACCUCCUCCACGUCCUCCCCAACCUCCUCCGCUCACAGAACGUUGUGGAGUCCACCGCCAUACUCCUCGCCGAGACCAUUCUCACCACGAUCACGAAGCUUCGGGAAGACCGUCGACAGCAGGUCCUCAUGCAGGCCGCAGCCGGCGACGUCGACGCGGGCGCACUGCCCGCGGAACGUCUCUCCAUCCUUCUCCGGAGCAUGCUCGACUGCAUCACGGACCACAACCGCAUCGAGUUGGUCCGGGGAAACCUGUACGCCGCGGUCGUGAACUACAUCCACCUCAUCAUCCACGCCGAGGCCGCGGAUAAGCCUGAGGAGAGCAACGGCUUCCACGAUCUUGGGUCGUCGGUCAUGUCCCCGACCGAGCUCGCGUUCAGCGACAGCUCCAUGCAAGCAUCGUCGAUGCAGCUCGGACGACCGUCGGGCCGCGCUUCGCUCACCGCGACGAGCCUCGGAAUCCUCAAGCCUGCGACGGAGCGCCUUGUCGCCAUCGUUGCCCGCGACGCUAUCGACGGCACGGAGGUGUGGAAGACGGUCGCGUUCAUGCUCCUCGAUUCCCUCGUCCGAUUGUCAAAGUGGGAGAAGCACCCGACGUCGCUUACUUCUCUCGCGCGGCACGGGUUUCUGGGCGGGUUCGUGCGGGGUCUCAAGGAGGCGGACUUGCAGCUGCAGAAUGUGCUGAAGCCAGAGCCUGAUGAUCUCAACUCCCUGUACAUAUACGAGUCGAAGAUGUCCCUUCUCGUUAGGAUGGCACAGACAAGACAAGGGGCCGAACGACUUCUGGAGGCGCGCGUCCUGCCCAUCCUUGCAGACUGCGAGUAUCUGGACACCCGACCAGAGACCGAUCAGGCUUUCCUUGACAGGGACGGAUUCCUGCCUUCGGCAGUGCAGCGCUAUCACCAGCUCUUCCUACCAGCGCUUCAGCUUGCUGCCGGCAUGCUUGUGACGCUAGGCGAGAGGCAUACUACAGCAGCGAACCAGGCUCUGCAAUUCCUAUCGAUGCAUCGAGACACCGCCGUCCUCCUGCUCAAGAACGACGCCGACGAGCUCUCUCUGUCAGUAAUCGAGGAGCUGCGUUUGUUGGUGUUGUUGUGCAGCAAUGUUGUCCACUUGGUUCCAAGGGCGGAGCUUCUUUCCAGUUCAGGGUUUGGCACAUUGCAUGGUGCAAUCAUGGCUCUCGCGGCGACCUGCAUGACAGACUCUUACUGGUCUGAACGAGUGAAACCUCAGACCGACGCCGAAAUCGUGGACGCCCAGACACAAUCACACGAAGGUGGCCCGGAGUCAAAAUUCCGUGCGGCAUUAUCAGUGAAGGAAAUCAAGCUGAAACAUACACUGAUCUCGUACGCGUGCACCGCCAGUGGCUGCUCCGAGACAGACUUCACCCUCAUCCUAUCCCCAUCGUUCACGACACCAAAACAGGAGCAACGUCCAGUUCGCUUUGUCGCCACCGUUCCUACAGUGGGUGACGCCGUCGACUUCAUCGGGGACAUGUGCAGCGACCUGUCUGGUGUCCUCCUUCGGAUUGCCGACCUCUCUGCUGAGCUCGCGUCGCCAGACGCCAUUCGGGUAGAUAACAUCCAUGAUGUCGUACACGUCUCCGACGCAUCCCUGCUCGACAACCUCGACAUGCGCCAGCGCCAGAACAUCGUCGCCCGCGAGCUCGUGCAGUGGCGCACCCGCGCGAAGAGGCGCGCGCAGACCAUUCUCGACUCGAUCGAGAUGCUCACGCUGCUCGUCUGGCGCCACCUCGGCUUCUACCUCGACGGCAAGCACGUUGACAAUCCCGACCUGAAGGGCGCCCUCGCACACACGCUCCGCCUCGCGUCCGCGCCGCCGCCGGACGUGCUCCGCGCCGACGCCGAACGCAAGCUCGCGCCCAUGCUGGAAGCCCUCACUGCGCUUGACCUCAACGAGUACACGCUCGGCCCCGAGUGGCGCUCAUACGAGUCGUACAGGACACUCAUCGUCCAGCGGCUCGCGGACCUCGCGGGGCUCGAACCAAUGGAGGAGGAGCGGAUGCCACAGAAAAGCACGAUGAUGCUCGAUUACUGA